CAGCACCUCCAACCAUAGUUCCCUCCUCUAAAGUCUCCUUUCUGCCACUGCUUAGAUCCAACCAAUGAAGCUAUCUCUUCCGCCAACUACAAUGAAGCUCUCUCUUCUUCUUCCUGGUUCCCUAUCACUUCCGCUUGUUCUACUGCUUUCAGUCCCAGUCUUAUCCUCUCCAUGCCAUUUCCCUGCCGUUAUCAAUCUGGGUGACUCAAAUUCAGAUACAGGUGCAUUCUCAGCUGUCUUCGUCCCGCUCCGAACACCGUAUGGCGAGACCUUCUUCAGGAUGCCUGCAGGCAGAUACUCAGAUGGCCGCCUUAUCAUCGAUUUCAUCGCUGAAAGCUUUGGAUUGCGUUACCUCAGUGCCUACCUUGAUUCAUUGGGUGCGAAUUUCUCGCAUGGUGCUAAUUUUGCAUCCGCAGCAGCUACAAUUGUGCCACCCCUUUCUCAGGCUGGCUACAGUCCCUUAUCCUUAGAUGUGCAGCUGGAUGAGUUCUUGCAGUUCAAAUCCCGGUCUCGAAUUAUAUACAAAAGAGGAGGAUUUUACAGCAAAUUGAUGCCCAGAAAGGAGUACUUCUCUCAAGCACUGUAUACAUUCGACAUCGGUCAGAAUGACAUCACGGCCUUCGCUUUUGCUAACAUUUCGGCGAAUGAUUACAUCCCAAAUGCUUUGAAUAUGUUCUCGUCGGUGAUAAAGAGCAUCUAUGAGGCAGGAGGGAGGUCAUUCUGGAUCCACAACACAGGUCCUCUGGGCUGCCUUGCUUAUGUUUUGCUGCGAAAGCCUCCCACAGAACAACAGUUGGACUCUGCUGGCUGUGCUAUUCUUUACAAUGACUUAGCCCACCAAUUUAACAGGAUGCUCAAUGAAACAGUAAUCCAGCUAAGGAAGGAUCUUCCUCUUGCAGCAAUCACAUUAGUCGACAUAUACUCCGCCAAGUACAAGCUCAUAAGUGAAGGCACAAAGUACGGAUUUGAGCACCCACUUAGAACUUGCUGUGGAUAUGGUGGUGGUGAGUACAACUUUGAUUUCUUUGUGAGGUGCAGCAAUACAGGUAAGGUGAAUGGUACUACUGUUCUGCUUGGCAAGUCAUGCAAGGAUCCCUCAAAAAGCAUUAUUUGGGAUGGAGUUCAUUACACAGAGGCUGCAAACAGGUGGGUGUUUGAUCAGAUCAAAGGUGGGGCAUUUUCAGAUCCUCCUGUUCCAUUGAGCAUGGCAUGUCACAGGGAGAAGCCAUGAACCAUGCUGCCUUAUAUAUGUAUACUGUGGCCUACCAAUAAAAUUACCAGCGGCCGUUCUCAUACUGCACUGUCCAAAUAUUUGUACAAUCUUGAAUUGGAGAUGCCACUGGGAUGUAAAAGCAUUAUGAAAUUUUAAAGGGCUAAUUUUUAAUCA